GGAAUUCAUUGCCGAGCCGCACCGAGUGAAAAGUAGAUACAAGUGUAUAUCCGACUGUGCACAAUGACACGGAGCGACACCAUCAUCAGCAAGAUGCAACACGUGGAAGAUAGCUUGAAAGAUACCUUACACAGGGUCGAGGUAAUCGAGAGAAAGCUUCACACAGAAGUACUCAGCAUAGAAAAUCGGGAGAGACUGGAAAACGAACUGGAGGAAGUUAAGGCAGUUCUCAGGCGAAACGAAAAGGAGUUGCAAAACCUGAGGAAGGAAAACUCAAAGUCCUUUAUGAUAACGGCGUGCUUGGUCUUCGUGUGUUUCCUUGUUUACGGAGUGUACCUGAUGAUUUUCGGAAACGUUUAAUAUGCCUGUAGGAAAUAAUUGUAAUAUUAAUUUAUCUGCUUUUUGUUAACUUUUUUUAUAUAUGUAGUACAAACUCUGUCCCUCGCAUAUGUGCAGUAGUGCAACACAUGUUUAUACGAAUUGCAAAUUACGCCCGAGUUUUAUAAACAUUGAAUUUAUUUUAUAAAAAUGUAUCCAGGAAGUGAAUUUAUAAUAUUUUAAUUUUGAUACUCUUUUUACCGUUAGUCAAUUAACUACAUAUAUAAUCGUCACUGUCGUAUCGCAAGUAAUGUCGCCAAUAGCGUAACGAUCAAGACCAACCUUGAGAUAUUCCAAUAGAAAUGUUAUAUUUAAAAGUAGCGAUGUAUAGCAUAUCAAGAUAAAUAUGUAAAUAAUAUCAUUGUAAUAAACAUAUUUUAGAUGUAUGUAGAUUAUGCGCAUAA